AUGAAGAUAAAGCCAAAACCAUUCGCAGGGUCGAGUCUGAAGAGCUGCCUGGAGCCAGAAGCGCAGGGGCAAGUGGGCGGUAACCACCAGACCGGAUGUGACGCAUUGGGAGUGCGCAGGCCGGAAAGCUUGCAGGUGGCGAAAAUGGCGGACAGCAGCGGGCGUGUGGGCAAGAGCAGCGGGAGCAGCACGGGCAAGGGGGCGGUGUCGGCCGAACAGGUAAUUGCUGGCUUUAAUCGCCUUCGGCAGGAACAGAGGGGCUUGGCCUCCAAAGCAGCUGAGCUGGAGAUGGAGUUGAAUGAGCACAGCCUAGUGAUCGAUACACUGAAGGAAGUGGAUGAAACCCGCAAGUGCUACCGCAUGGUUGGAGGUGUGCUGGUAGAGCGGACUGUCAAAGAGGUGCUGCCUGCCUUGGAGGGUAAUAAGGAGCAGAUACAGAAGAUCAUUGAGACACUGUCACAGCAGCUUCAGGCAAAAGGGAAAGAACUCAAUGAAUUCCGGGAAAAGCACAACAUUCGUCUCAUGGGGGAAGAUGAGAAGCCAGCAGCCAAGGAAAACUCAGAAGGGGCUGGGGCCAAGUCCAGCUCUGCAGGAGUGUUGGUCUCUUAGGAACGAAGGCCUCUGCAUUUUUUUUUAACCCUGAUUCCCACUUCUCAUUUCUUUUUAUUGCUGUUGUUAUUAUUAUUAUUGUUAUUUUCUCAGCUAUUGUAAUAUUUUUUUGUUUAUUAAAUGUUUUGGUCAGAAUGCUUA